AUGCCGCCAGCGGUGCUAGCCAGGCCGCUGACACGAGAAGCCGCUCGGAAGGCAGGUGUUGGACUCGCGCAGCAGGCUGCAAAAGUCUACAGAGCCGUCCUUCAGGGACCCGAGGCUGAGCCAGCUGGCUAUGGCGUUGAAGUCCCGCGGUUCGUGCAGGCUCUUCCUUACCUUACCCAUGAACAGCUGGUACAAUGCUCAAGCCACUUCGGCCAGCGCGGCCGGGCAGUGGGUAGCGUAGCCUCAGCUGUGGCCUCGGAAAUCUCCUGGCGAGUGAGACCGCAAGGAGGAGAGGCUUUGGAGGACAUGGAGGACUCCGUCCCCAGCAGACUGAAGCAGAGUUGGAGGGCGGAUGAAGUGACCACAGUGUUGUACGCCUUCUCGAAAGUUACUCCGCAGCUACCAGAGUACCAAGUGCUCUAUGAAGCGGUCAGUGAUGGCUUGCUUGUUGGGCUGUGGUCUCUGAAUCAUCUCCAAUCCGUCUUGAUCGCCACGGCGCUGGCGGAUACGGAGACCCGGCUCAGCGAUGCGCUGCCGGCGGUGCUGCAGCCGUUGUUGGCAGAGUUGGUUGAAAGCGCGCAGGUCCGCGAGGAGAUCUCGUUGGACACCCUGCGUUUCCUGAUCCAUGCCGCUGCAAGCCUACCGAACCCGGGUCUCACGGGUAAGGAGGUGGAGGCUCUGGCAGACUGCACCCUCUUGCGCCUGAAUGGCAGCACCUUUGCGACGCAGGCACACAUGCUGGUGUCAUGGUUGAGGUUGGCGCCACCGCCCUCAGCCAAAGAGGCUUACUUCAAGGCCUUGCAGGCAUGCUGUCAAGCGUUGCAGAAGCACAAAAAGUCGCAUAUGCCCGCGCACCCUUUGCCGCGUGAAGGUCUGGCACCUGUCAUAGAUGACGUUCUGGCGCGCGAGGCCGAGCAAAACGCUCCGCCUCUGACGCCGCCGAUAAUGGAGAGCAUUGUGAAGGGACUUGUCCAAAUUAGUUGGGGUUUGCUGCGCAACCAGCAUUCGCAAGCGGCCAAGAGCAGGAGCCUGUCCAUCGAUGAUUGGUCCGACAUCAUGUCGAAACUGGUCAAGUACUGUGAGUCCCACAGCAUUGUGGGCAAGGCGACCACUACCUCCAGCUCUUCUAGCCACACCCUCACACUGUCGCCGCCAAGCCUCUUGCCCAAUUGGGCUGCCGGAGCGCUCUACCAUGUGCUUUGGCGAGCUCAGCGGCAACAAAUUCCUAGAAACUCGCCAAAGGAGUGGGUGCAGCUAUCCUCGCUACGUGCCCUGCUGACUUUGUUGAGACGCUACAAAAAUAUCGAACCAGAAGAAGAGUUUUUUGCAUGGUCGGUACGGCUGGUUGACUUACAUCAGCGGGCCGGCGGCGUCGAAGAAAGCUUGUUUGCGGAAGUGGUCACUGAACUCGUUCCAUUACUUCCAGAGGAAGAGCGAGUCAAGCUGACGCGAGUAAUCAUGGCAAGACCGCAGGAGGGUCCGGAAGCUAAGCCAGUCAUGGCUGCAAUUCCCUUGAUAGGGGCGGCGCAGCAACCACAACGACUUCUGCGAAGUAGUGAAGACGAGGCUUCAGACGUCAAAGUUGUACUGGCACCAGCUGUGCACCAACAGCCUGUGCCAGCGGGCACUGGCUCGGCGGCUUUUGCCGCACGAAUGGCUGCUGGCGGUCGGUUGUGGGGUCUGCUUGCUGCUCAGACGCAGGGCGCCAAGCCAUCGCCUGAAGCCGCUCAGGCAAAGCCUGAGGCGGAGAUGGCAACUGUGUUGGCUAGGGAGGAGACGGCCGCAGAGCAGCCCGCAGAUGCAGCAUUAGGGGAAGCAGCCAGCUCUGCUUUGCCACAUGCCAUAGCCACCCCAGCCUCAUCUGCCACCGUGGAGGAGCUCCAACGAAUGUUGCAGAGUGCCCUGCUGCGGGUGGAGGCACUGGAGUCCAGACUUGCAGAUCAGGAGAGAGACGUCGCCAAGGCAAAAGAAGACUGCGAAGCGCCAUCUGAUGAUCUGCAGCACAACAUGAGUGAGAGCAGCGGCAACAGCUGGUUCACGCAGAUUCUCGAACCUGCUGCGGAACAAAUCCAGCCAUCACCAGCUGCAGCUACGCUUCACCUGCGUCGAGCUUUCAACUUCGAGCAAUUCCGCCGCGCUAACUCAGCGAGGCUGGACACAGAGCGCUUGCGUGUCAUCGUUCCGCCCGACCACUUCCCUCUGUGGCCACUCACAAAGAGAUAG